AUGAGGGCUUAUUCUCAAUCAUUCUCAAUCAACUCGAUUGUUGCAUUCGUGUUGAAAUUUCCUUUGAUUGGAUACAUCAUAGGCUUUUUUGAAGACUACGUGAUUUCAAUUGUUAGAACGGGACCUGUCCCCAAACAUGUUGCUAUGAUCAUGGAUGGUAACAGGACUUAUGCCAAGAAACAUAGGUUGCCUUUGAAAGAGGGCCACUUUGCUGGUGCAAAUGCUUUAGUCAAGGUCCUUGAGUGUUGUUACAAGGUUGGAAUCGAACAGGUUACAAUCUAUGCCUUUUCCUUGGAAAACUUUAACCGGACAAAAGAGGAAGUUGACACACUAUUUGGCUUACUUCGUGAUAAAUUAAAGAUGAUUUCUGACUAUGAGGAUUCCUAUGCCAGGUACAACAAGGUUAGAAUUAGAGUGAUUGGGAAUAGGGGUUUCAUCCCACCAGAUAUUUUGAAAGACUUGGAGUACAUUGAAGAAGUGACGAAAAACAAGUCAUCGAAAAAGAUUCUCAAUGUUUGUUUCCCUUAUACAGCUAGAGAUGAAAUCACCCAUGCCGUUAGAUCGAUAGCCAAGAAAAGGGUUGAGGGUGAGAUCCAAAGUCGUGACGCAAUUGACGCUAAAGUUAUUGAAUCAAAUUUCUACUUUGGUGACAGUGUGCCACCUUUGGACAUCUUGAUUCGUACCAGUGGACAUACAAGGUUGAGCGAUUUCCUAUUAUGGCAAUGUAACACUGAAUGCACUAUCGAAUUUCCUGAUGUGUUGUGGCCCGAUUUUGGAUUCAUUAGUAUGAUGUCAAUUUUGUUCAAAUGGAGUUACUACAAAACUUUACAAUUGGAGGAAGACGCCAUUAGAGGUAAGGAGCCACAAGUGCAGGAUACAAUUUCCACUGUGUUAUUAAAAGAGUUGCCUCAACCACCACCAGUUGCUACUGUAUCUCAUAAUUGA